AUGCUCAAACUUUCUCCGUGUGAGAAGAGGCCUUUGCUCAGCAGUUCCAGGUGCAUGGUGAUUGUAUGGGAGGUGAAAAUGCGAGCUCUACUCUGUUUGGUGCUCGCCGCCAGCUGCGUGUUGGCUGAUAAAAAUGAUAACAGACGCAACAAACUACCAUUCGUCGCUGAUGCCGUGGGAAAUUCUCUCCCACCGCCGUCCAAUGUACCGGCCACCGUCGGUAGCCCCGUUAACCUUCUUACACCAGAUCGCUACGAGUUCUACACAUUCGAUGAAUCUGGAGAACUCGUGAAAAGGCUGAUGACUCUUGAAGAAAUACAAGCAAUUGUCGCUGCUGGAGAAGAAGCGGAAGGCUUGGUAACAUUUGCCAAUGAAAACCAACCAACAGUUUCCUUCAACAUCAACCAGCCACCUUACACGAAAGUUCAUAGCGUUGUAACUAAUGUGCAAAAUGUCCUCAAAGCGCAAAUGGAAGCCCAUAGAAACAAACCUAUGCUUCAACCUACUUUGGACACACCAGACGUUUCCGAUUCUUGGAGUUUGAUUUUGCCAUCAAUUUUCGGUAAUACAGGAGUUGACAUUGUUCUUGAUAAAGCGUCUGGAUCUGUGACAACCCCAGAAACCGAAACUUUGGAAGAAAAUAUUGAAGACGAAGAAAACUCUCUAAGCAAAGAAGGUACUAACCAAGUUAUAAGUAGUUCUACGACUCAAGUAGAAGAUAAAGUAGUAACUGAGAAAUCGCCUGCUACGGUAGAAUCGAAAGAAGAACCGCAACCGACCACCACAACAAGUACAAGUACAACUACUACAACUACAACCACUACUACAACAACACCGAAACCACCAACUACGACUCGUAAAGCAACAACUACGACUCAUAAACCUACAACAACGACCCGUAAACCUACAACUACAACGCGUAAACCUACAACAGUAACCCGUAAGCCUACGACUACAACUGAGAAAGCAACUACUACAACAACAACGACGACCACGACAACUGAGAAACCAACGACAACUACAACCAAAAAAGCCACAACCACAACUAAGGCUCCAACCACCACUACUACAACCAGAAAACCAACAACUUCAACAACCACCACUAAAAAACCAACUACAAUAAAUAUUGAAACCAGAAUAAGUCCUACCGCUAGCACAGCUAAAGUUACAGCAACUCCUCGUCCGACAACUACAACUACCAAAAAAACUACUUUCAAACCAGUUACUACAACUGCAAAAGUAACUACAGCCAGGCCUGAAAUCACAACAAAAAAACAUAGUGUAAGCGUUUUGCCAGAUAAGGAGCCUGAAGUUGUCAAAGUCCAAAUUCAACCAAAUGCCAACGCAAUUUCAUCCACGGAGAAAAAUGAAAUUGAAUUUGAAAGAAUCAGCACCUUUAUUCCAGUGUCUACUGUCGAAUACAUAACCGAUCGAACUACCCGCAAACCAGAAGUAGCUUCUAGCACAACCAAAAGGUCUGUGACAACAACUACAACUACAGAAAUCCCCAAAAUUCAAACAUUUGAGACCACUAGUAAGCCUGUUAUUAGUACAACGAACUACGUUCCAAGCACAGUGAAAGAACAAGAAGUUGAAAAAUUAAAUAUCACAACAAUUACGACUCAGUCUGUAUCUCCCUCAACAACUGUGUCAUCUACUGAAAUUUCAUCUGCUGAUAACCUAAAUGGAAUGGAAAAUAAUCCUUUAGACAAUGAGGAAUAUGAAAAAGAACCUGAACCAUUGCUUCCCAUGUUUGAUGUUGCUCAAAGUAUUAGUCAAAUAGCUUCUGAUCUUGGUGGAGGUUUUCAACCUCUCCCGACGACAAACAACUUAUUAGAUACGACUAAAGUUAAUGUAUUUGAUUUAGAAAGCAAAGAAGUGAUGGACAUGGAUAUACCAUCUGGCAAUGGAAAUGAAACUGAAAUUAAGUCAACUGCAACCCCUGAUACGAACAAUGAUAAUUUUGUCAAAAUAUCUACACUUGAUCCCCACGACGAAAAAGAAAAUACAGAGGAAACUAAAGAAAAUGAUGAUAAAUUAAAAGUCACGCUGUCAAAGGAAACCGAAAAGUUAUCAACUGAAAAUAAAAUAUCGGAACCGACACAGACUUCAAGUAACGAUAAUGAGAAAAGUAACAUAAUUAUCAAUAAUAUCCAAAAAGUUGAGCUAUUCACCACAACUGAGACUGCCACUGAGUAUACCACCAUUGAUCCAAUUUUAAGCGAGUCCAUGGGUGAUCUUCUGUCUCAAAUAUCAAAUGAGGCACCACAAUCGAUUGUCAAUUCAGAAACGACUCCAGAAAAAGAAACAAAAGUUACAACAACCGAGGAAAGUUUAGAUAUUACGACAAAAAGUCCCGUGCUGAGUAUUGAUACAACUUCAGAAACAUCUAAUAAAGUGAAAAAAGAAACAAGUACGACUACUGAGACACCAGCUAUUGUGACCACAAAUGUGAAUGUAACGAAAGAAAAUGUAAAAAUUGAUGAAAAUUUAGAAGAUAAUAAGAAUAAAAUAGCUACAAUUCAAGAUGAAACGCCAGCUUCUUCUAAGCCGCAAAUAUUAAAACCUGUUGAUAUUAACAAUGGAGAAAACAAUCCCGAUGACAAAUCAGACGACACUCAUAAUUUUGUUCAGAUCUCAGUUUCAACUGAUAAUAAAAGUAAAGUAGAACCAAUUUCUUCCGAAAACAAAAAUAACAUAGAUAAACCAGUAAACAAAAAAGAAGACGAUAAGGUCAAGGAAAAUGCUGUUAAAAAUGAUGAAAAUGUUAAAAUUCAGAAUGAAAAAGAAAUGACUAAAAAUGGUAACAAAUCUGUAGAGACCACUAAAACCAACGAUCAAGCUAUUACAAGGGAAAAUAUUACGUCAUCAUCACCAGCUGUAGAAACCACUUCAUCAACUACGCCUACUCCACCGAAAACUAGCCAGUCUAAGUUUAAUAAGAUUAAUCUAAGUGACAAAAUUGCCACAAAUAAAAAGGAUAAACUUCCCGAACCAUUACCAAAAGUAGACGACUUCAAAAAGAAAAUACAAAAGGUGAACAUUGACGAAGAAGAGUUAGUUAGUGAAAGAAACAGUUCAUGGAAACUCAUACCUACGCUUUCUCCACCAAAAGCCAAUGAGAUUCCAAAGGACAAGACCAAAUCUGAAAACCAUUAUAUUCCGGAUAACAAUGAAAACAAAGAUAUUGUGCUAGAAUUUUCGACAGAAAACCAGGGACUGGAAGUAACUACAAAAGACUUAGGUGAAGACGUAGCUCGGUUCUCGGAAUUAUCUAACGAAUUAGCUUUUAGAUUCUGGAACGUUAUGAUUGACGACAUUGACAAAAAGAGAAGUUUUGUAUUAUCUCCUUAUUCUAUUUUCUCAAUGUUAGCUAUGAUUUUUAUGGGGGCUAGAGGAGCAACUUCAGGAGAAAUGAAUGAGAUCCUUAAAUUAGAUGAUAUGGUUACCUUCAACCCACAUUUUACGUUGAAAAACAUUUCUGACUCCAUUGAGACCACUCCAGAAUCCGGAGUAGCGGUAUCUGCGUUUAUUCGAGAACUUUACAGUGAUAGAAAUAAGGGAAAAAUCUUGACUUUCUAUAAGGAACGGGCUCAACACUUUUACAAUGGCCAUGUUGAGGAGAUAAACUUUAAAUUGAUUAGCGAUAUAAUUAGACGAAGGACCAACCUUCUUGUCAAGAGAUAUACUUGGGGCAAGAUUCCAGAGUACAUGAAGACCAACAACAUUGUGAUGCAGCCACCUUUAGCUGCCUUUACUGCCAACAUCUUCGAGACUGACUGCUCGGGCACCUCAGUGGAGGGUCGGGAUGGAGAGAUGUACUUUGUUGUAUCUCCCAACGUUCGUCAACGUCGCCUCGUUCCAGUGCCAGCCGUAGUUUACAAGAGUGGAUUUUUGGCUGGUUAUGAUCCAGCUCUCGACGCAACAGCAGCCGCUUUAGGAAAUACCAACUCUGUUAUUAGCACACUAUUCUUAAUGCCUGGCCAGCAAGGAAACGUAGUCCAUGCCGAUGAUUUAGAAAAACUAGAACAGAGACUUUUGGAUGCCGUUCCAACUACACCUACAUGGAAUCGAGUCUUACGUACUUUGCUUCCACGCACAGGCUUAGAACUUCAAAUCCCAAGAUUCUCACACAAAUCAACAUUCAACGUCUCAAUGAGCUUGAAAAAGAUGGGACUAAAGGACUUGUUUGAUGGAGAACAUGCUGAUCUGGGUGGCUUGAAUGGACCUUCGAAGGAUCUUUAUUUGUCGGAUAUGGUUCAGUUGAACACAUUUGUUACUUGCGGCGAAGGUGGUAUAGGAGAACAGCAUCACAUUGAGGAGUAUCCUGAGACAUUAAGUGUUUCACAGAGACGACGUGCCAGGUGGUUGAACGAUUGGGAUGAGCCAAGGGACUACCAGAGAGCUUUCCAUGAUCCUCAUGAUGUCGGUGAUGCUAUGCAUUUACCUCUGCAUCUGAGACCAAGACAGGCUCGUCUGCCAUCGAGGAGUGCACUACCAGCUCGCUUAAAAUUCGAUCGGCCCUUCCUCUACUUCGUGAGGCACAACCCAUCGGGAAUGAUAUUGUACUUUGGAAGGUACAACCCUCGGCUUCUCCCUUGAAGGCGUUACAAAGACUGUUAGCUUAGUUUAAAUAACAUUCCUAAAAGGAAAGUGAUAAGGGAAUACUGGUGCGUGUGAUAAUGAAAGUUGUUCUAUGAGCAUUUACGUGACAGUAUUAAUAAGUGUAUCAGCAGAGUAAGCUCGUUAAACGGUACAAUGUGUAUUGUAUGGCUGGACGGACGUUACUCUGUCUCAUAUCAUGUGUGUAUAAAGGAAUGCUAAUGAUGAAUUAAUGUUGAAUGUAUGCAUAAAUUGUACUGUAAUAGCGAAUAAUUAAGUAGUGUAAUUAAGUAAGCUAGCGUGGAAUAUUGUCAUUUCACUCUCUUUAGUUUCAAUAUUAGAAUAAAUCCGA